GGAGGAGGAGGAGGAAGGGGCAGGGGCGGCCCCGUCCCCGUCCCCCCGCGGCCGGGCGGGCCGUAGGAGGGCUGCUGGAGACUCAGAAAUAACAGAAGGAAAAAAACAGUCUCCUUUGAAAGACAGUCUUACACCGUGGGAAGAAUGGUUCAUUGGGAAAGAAAAGGAGCUACGUGCCCGCUUACAGGCGAAAGCUGCAGAGCAAAUGAAUAUACAGCUUGAGAAGAUGAAGCAAAAACAAGAAUGUGAAAGAAGGAAAAGGCUAGCUGAAGAGAAGCACAAGGAAUGGAUGCAAAAAAAAAGAGAAGAGGAAAGAAGGGAAAAGGAACGAAAGCAGAGCAAGGAAAUGGCAGAAAAAGCUACAAGAGAACUAGAAAAAAUGCAGCUACAAGAAAAGGCUGAAAUAAAGUAUAAAGAAUGGUUAAAGAAGAAGAGAGCUGAAGAGUCAGAAAAGAAGAAGAGAGAGAAGGAAAAAGAAAAAGAAAGGGAAACUGAGCUGCAGGAGAAGAGAGAGAGAUCAGAGAAGAUCUUUCAGGAAUGGCUACAUAAUGCUAGAAAUAAACCACGCCCUGUUUUAAAUGGUUAUGGCUUUCCACAUAGGAAAUCUACAGGGCGCCCUGAUGGAAAUUCAUACCCAGCUCCAGCAUACUGCAACCCCAUUCCUUGGAAACCAGUACAUGUUCCUCCUCCAAAGGAAGACAAUGUUCUUACCAUGAAGAAUAGUCACUCACUUGAAUAUACAGGGGAGAAAGGAAUGGAAAUCACUGAUACUCAUGUGUUGAAAUGCAGCUUUCACUCAUGGGAAGGAGGUCAAAAUCUGAAGGAAAUACUUCAAAAGUGUGGAAAGUGAAACUGUUCUCUCAAGCCCAUCUGCUGGAUACGAUUAGUCUGUGGACAUUUUUCCCUCCAAAUUUUCAGCUCCUUAUGUGAUGUGACAGGAGGUCCAUCCUGACCUGCGCCUCUGGUGGAGGGUGCACAACAUCAGUCACGUGCAGGGAUUGGUCUGCGAGGCUGGGGCUAGGAAUGGGAUUGUCUUCCUGUGAUAUUGAUGCUUUGGGCUUCAGCUCUGCAUGUGUGUCCCAUGAGCAAACUAAAUAAAUGGAAGGCUUCUGCUAAGCUUGGACUCUCACAAAACUCAUCUCCUCGCCUCCGAUGAAUCGACUGCCACAAACCCCGCGCAGGCUGGAGCACUGGUCUCAUGAGGAAGCCAGGACGUGACCCUGGAGGCUGCAACAUGUGGAAUAUGACACCCUGAGAUCUUGGCUCUCCUGCUGGUGCCCCUUUUUUAGGGAGCAUAGGCACAGCAAGCAGCUCUGCCAGGGAGAACAAGCAUUGGAAGAACCUUGGCUGAACUUCUCUGGUGUUGCAGUUUGAGAGGACAUGGACCAGUUGGAAAGAUUCAAAGGAGAAGCAUCGAGUAUAAUUAUAGAGGUCUCAAAUAUGACCAAGGAGUGAAACAAUGGCAGAAGAAAUCUAUGAAAUGAAUGUAAAGAUACGGUGUGAAAUAACAUAGAUGACAAACAGGGCUAGAAUUUCCUCUCAGUGCCAGGACGGUGCUAACAAUGCUCGAGUGUUUUGACAUGUCGGAAAAAACAUGAAAAAUCAUUGCGAGGAGAAACAACUUC